AUGAAAUAAAAAGUAAAGGAAAUUAUCAAAUUUUUUAAAGAAUUCUAAAUACCUGUUAUUCCAAGUGAAUUUGCGUUGAGUGAAGCAGAAAGAGCAAAUCUAUAUUUUUAUUUAACAUCUUAAGAAAUGGAAAGCUAAAAAUAAUUAAUAGAAGAAAAAUAACCUGAAGAAAUCAAAUUAAAAAAAGUUAAAAUAUAUUAAGUUUAUGAUCCUGUUGAUGCAAUUCAAAAUUUCAAUUCUUUUGAUUUUAAACAAGAAGAAAGAAAUUUAAAAGAAAAUGAAAUCUAAAUUAUAUCAAAUAGAAAUCAAAAUAUCAAAUUUAAUUCGUUGAAUGAAAUUAAAUAAUUUUUGAAACAAUACUAUGAUUAAAAGUUAAACUAAAUUUAAACCGAUGAAAUUUAAUAAUUAGAUAGAUAACUGAUUAUAUAAAGUCUCAAUAUUUAAUUUUAAGAACCCAAUUGUGAUAUCCAAUAAAUAAUAGAUAUCUUUUUGAGUAUUCUCUAUAAAGAAAUUGAAUAGAAUUAUCAAAAAAGAUAUGAUUAUUAUUUAGAUACAUUUUGUAUGUUGAUUAAAUAAAAAAUUUCUUUCUUAAUGUCUAAUUAAAGUACUUAAAAUGUAACUGAGAAAUUAAUUAACUCUGUUCCAUAAUUUAGAGUAUCUUUAGUAGAUUUAGUAAAAGAAUUUACGGAAUAAGCACUUCUAAAGUAAAAUGAAAAGUUGUACUCUAUAUAUUUUACAUAAUUAAGAGAUUUAGUAUUUAAAUUUUUAAAUGAAAAUCAUCCAUUAUAAUUUGAAAGCUUUAGAUUAUUAUUGAAAAUUAAUCAUUCAACAAUUUUAGAAUUUGUUAAAUAAGCUACUCCAUUAAUUUUUAAUAAAAAAAAACCAGAAAUAAAAGAUUUUAUUUUUGAAGAAACAUUAUAAAAAAUUAAUUAAUUAUCUUAAUUGAAUGAUUGUCAGCAUUAAUUACAUUUCAUGUUUUAUAUAGGAAUUUGUUAAUAAAAUCAUAAUCAUCAUUGUAAAAUUUUAGCAAAGUUAUUACAAGAUUGUUAACAAAAUUAUCCCUAACAUCUUGAUGCAAUCUAUGCAAAUUUGUUAAAAAUAAAAAAUAAUAGCAAUAUGAGUGCUAAAUAGAUAAUUGAAUAUAUAGGAUUAAGUGUUAACAAUCCUGAUGCUUUGCACUAAAAGUUUUUAGAUUUAUUUGUUGAAUUUGCUUUAGAAUAUCCAAAAUCAGAAGAAUUUGCUCAUGAUAUGUUUAAAGUUUAUCUUUAUCGUUAUUUUAAUCAAUAGAUAGAAGGUGAUAUAAAUAUAAUAAAUAAGAUUCUUGAAAAAACUUUUGAUUAAUUGAAUAUAAAUUUUAUGAUAAAUUGUAUUGAAAAACUACCAACAGAUAAAUUGAGUUAAAUGAUAUUAAGAAAAUCUAAUUUUGAUUUGUAUCAAUAUAUAAUUAAGGAUGAAAGCAAAGCAUUAGCAGUUUUUUUAUUAAAAUAAUUUUUAUAAAAAGACAACUAAUAAUUAAAAAACAAUAAAUAUGAAUUAUUAAAAUUAUUUUAAGAGUAGGUUUGUGAAUAUAAAAAUACUAAAGAAAUUUUAGAUUUUUUAUUUUAAGAAUAAAAUAAAUCAUAUAAUGCAUUGAUUACUACAUUUAUAAUAAAUUGUUUAAAGAGAAGGAAAUCAAACAUGCAAGAGGAAAUAAAGUUUAUUUUAUCAAAAAGCUUUUAUUUUGAGGAUGAAAAUAUAAUCAAGAGUAUAGAGUUUUAUCGAUAAAUAUACCCAGAAUAGUAUUUAUAGUUACUUGAUGAUUAAACCAGACUUAGAUUAAGAGAUAAACGAUUAUUAUGA